CUGCAGCCAUAGAGACGACGUAACUCUACGUACUACGUCAGCUAUGCGUGCUUGGUUGCGGGGCAACUGUGAAUAGUACUAAUCUGAGGAUAAAGCCUCUGAGCAAAAAUGCCACGCUCUGCAACCAAGCUUCAAACUGACAAGCGCAGAUGUAGGUCAUCUGUACAGGUGAUCUCACCUGCAGCACAAGAGCAGAAAGGGGAAGAUAUAAUCCCAGGUCGCUUGACCCGGACCCAGUGGACAGAUAUGUUGCUUCAGGAGGAUGCAGAUGAGGCAGUGGGGGAAAUCUUAGAUGAGCUGCUGAGGAAGGUCAUGAAAGGAUGUCUUGAUGUGUAUACUGAGAGCCAGCUACCAACUUUCUCCGCAUCUUGGGCCAAGAGGUACCUCACACAGAUUGUAGAGCACCAAAUCUUGUGCCUAGAUGAGGCAGAAGGACCAGGCGAAAGAUCAAGAACAGAAGAUUCUGAGCCUGUGCCACCAAUUUCCGAUGCCUGGGCUCAAGGAUGUGUGCCUGUUCUUAUCCAUCAACAACAUCUUGCUGCACAGGAGAAGGCUGACAUUGACCAGGUUCCAGCACAGAGAGAGGCACGAGUCAGCCAGCAAUGAAUGCUGAGGUCCAAAUAAAAAGCUUCUCAAAGCGAGUUAAAAAAGAAACAAGUCCAGAUUAACCAGCCUUCCCAGUCUACCAGUUUAAAGCCGAUAGAGAGCGAUGCUAUCACGGUCCUGGAUCGGAGACUCGGUGUUUUGAUUUUUGUAUUAUAAUUAUUGAUCUUUGAUUACAUCAUGGUUUAUGAUGACCAAUGUUUUGGUUUAUGUUUUGUAUUUCUGGCUCUCCAGUUGUUCUUGGUUUGUGAUUUCGAGUUCUUAGGUUUUGGUUCCUGUGCCCCUCAUGUUUAGUGUAGGUUUUGUUCUGUCCUCGUGUUUAUUCUCUUGUUCCCUAGUCAGUCGUGUCUCAUGUCACUCUUGUCCCUGUACUUCGUGUUCCCUCUGUUCAGUAUCAAGUCCAUGUCUCUGUACCUGUCCUGUGCUUCCUGUUUUAUUUUGACAGUCACUGUUCUGUGUUCAGUCUCUGUCCUCAUGUUUUCUCUGUGCCUGUCCCAGUCCCACAUCUCAUGUCUAGUCUCCCUGUCUCUAUGUUCCCGCUGUAAGGUGUCAGUUAUGUUGUAACGUUAAGCUCGUGUCUCUGAGUCUAUAACUGUACGUACGUGCCAUAUUUCCUGUUUUACGCUGAUAUUCUCGUGUGCUAUGUCGGUGUGUCUAGUUUGGCUCCCCUUGCCUCGGCAUGUUUAAUUAGGUUCAGCUGUGUCUCCCCCCGUUUGUUUCCUUGUUUCCCUGUGUGUUCUCUUUUGCUCCUUGUUGGAUCGUCUGUGUUACUCCUGCGUCCUCUCCUGUGUGUCAUUGCUUCCGUCUCAGGUUUUCUAGUUAUGUUUCAGGUUAGCUUUGCCAGUAUAGGUUUUGUUUGUUCUUUUCUAGUUGUCCUUGCCGUUUAUUUUUAACAUCUGUUCAGCCCUAAAUUAAGGCUCGUCUUCUGUUACCAUCCACAUUCAUCUCCAUUGUCUGCGUUUGGGUCCACUCUUCUAUCUCCAUGUGGUUUGCCUCAAACCAUGACAGAUGCGCCUGUGCUGCUGUUUUCUGUUGAUCAGGUUGCAGGAGGUCCAUCACCUCGGGUCACCCCACUGCUUCAGCCCAAGAGCUGUGACAGCUGAUUAGAAGACGUAGCAAUGUCUGUGGUUGAGCCAUACAUUAACACAAUAAAUUUGAAAAAACUAU